CCACUUGCCUGAGUGGCAGGGGGACCGGAAGUGGAGGCGCUUCUGGUUGGUGCUGGGGCCCGAGGAGGGGACGCGCGCCGGAACGGGGCCGUCAGGACCAAGCAAGCGACAGACGCGCAACCCGCCGCCGCCGCCGCCGCUGGGGGCCCGCACGGACCCUCUGCCUCUGUAUAGAAUGAGCCAAGGAGACUCGAACCCAGCAGCUAUUCCACAUGCAGCGGAAGAUAUUCAAGGAGAUGACAGGUGGAUGUCUCAGCAUAACAGGUUUGUUCUGGACUGUAAAGACAAAGAGCCGGAUGUGCUGUUUGUGGGAGACUCCAUGGUACAGUUAAUGCAGCAGUAUGAGAUAUGGCGAGAGCUAUUUUCCCCACUUCAUGCACUUAAUUUUGGAAUUGGGGGAGACACAACACGACAUGUUCUAUGGAGACUAAAGAACGGAGAGCUGGAGAACAUUAAGCCUAAGGUCAUUGUUGUCUGGGUAGGAACAAACAACCAUGAAAAUACAGCAGAAGAAGUAGCAGGUGGGAUCGAGGCUAUUGUUCGUCUUAUAAACACAAGGCAGCCACAGGCCAAGGUCAUUGUGCUGGGACUGUUACCUCGAGGUGAGAAGCCCAACCCUUUAAGACAAAAGAAUGCCAAGGUGAACCAGCUUCUCAAGGUCUCCCUGCCGAGGCUUGCCAACGUGCAGCUCCUAGAUAUAGACGGGGGCUUCGUGCACUCAGAUGGUGCCAUCUCCUGCCACGACAUGUUUGAUUACCUUCAUCUCACAGGAGGGGGCUAUGCAAAAAUCUGCAAACCCCUCCAUGAACUGAUCAUGCAGUUGCUGGAGGAAACACCAGAGGAGAAGCAAACCACCAUCGCUUGACUGGCCCCAUCAGUGUUAACAGCAUCCCAGCUUCCUCAGAUCAGUUAGACCACUGGCACUACAGAAUCCUUUCUUAAGGCACUUUGCAUUGUACAAUGUUCCUGGAUGCUCGUAUGUUUGAAGGGGAGGAGGGGCUUAAACUGGCUCUGUAUAUAAAGGCGUGUUGACACAGGAGAAAAAUUAGCCAAGGAAAAUUCAUUUGAAACCAGAAAGGGACUUUUUAGUUGUAUAUGACACAUUUGUUGAAUUAUUACUGUUUUUCCUAGGACAACAUCAAGCACGAGUAUAAUGUGAAGAUUCUUUUCUUGGCCCUGUUUUCUAUGGAUUAUGUCAUAUGUGAUAAUUAUCACAUCUGUUUGGCUUUAAACUUAUUUUGGUCCAGUUUUAAGGUUCAUGAGUUAGUGUGUUGUGUUGUUUUGUUUGAUUCAUGUAUCUUCAAGUGUUUUUAUUAACAUACAGCGUCAGAUUAAACAUGCUUGUCACUCAAACAUGAGAGAGGCUACAGGUAAAGUGAAUUUGUUC